CGGCGAGUUCAAACAACGACGAGCCAAUGUUGUGAAUGAAGUAGAAACUGAUGGACAUGACAGCGGUGAAAGACAACUUUCUUCAUUUUGCACGAAUACCUUUAUUCUAAAUGAAGGCCUAAUAGUUCAGUAAGGUUGUUAUGUAAGCCUUUAUUAGGUUGAUGUAUUUUUUGAUAGGCUAUAUAAUUUGAUUUAAUCAUGACUUCACAUGCUAGCUAGCUAGCUAGCUAGCUAUCGUUAGCUAGCUAACUAGCGCGAGCAAAGAGCAUUUUCUAGCUAGCUUGUCAAAAAUUUCAACAAAUAUGACGCUCGCCCCGAAAGAGCUCUCCAAUCUGUUGGGCAUCAUAUCCGAAGAGGCAUGCACCAACACUUUUGAAAGUCUCUCAACUGCCUUCCAUCAUUAUUUCGGAAAGACCGAACAUUUCCGAGUCGGCUCGGUUUUGGUGAUGCUACUUCAACAGCCUGACCUUCUGCCCAGCUCUCCUCAGCGCCUGACUGCUCUCUACCUGCUAUGGGAGAUGUACCGCACCGAGCCUCUUGCAGCCAACCCAUUCGCUGCUGUCUUUGCUCACUUGCUGAACCCUACAUCUGCUGGAGAGGAGCAAGAGGAACCUCUGUCCGGAUUUCUGCCGCCCAUCACUCAACCAGAGAAGUUUUUCCUGUCCCAGCUAAUGUUGGCUCCUCCCAGAGAGCUGUUCAAGAAGACGCCUAGACAGGUAUCCUGCAUGGACGUAGGGAACAUGCCUCAGUCCAUAGACAUCAGCGGACUUCAGCUGGCUUUGGCAGAGCGCCAGUCAGAACUGCCCACUCAGAGCAAGGCCAGCUUUCCCAGCAUUCUCAACGACCCCGACCCUGAUUCAUCCAACUCUGGAUUUGACAGUUCAGUGGCCAAUCAGAUCACAGAGUCUCUGGUGACAGGGCCCCGCCCUCCCCUGGAGAGUCACUUCCGCCCAGAGUUCAUCCGGCCGCCCCCUCCACUGCACGUGUGCGAGGACGAGCUGGCGUGGCUGAACCCCACGGAGCCCGACCACAGCAUCCAGUGGGACCGCUCCAUGUGUGUGAAGAACAGCACGGGUGUGGAGAUCAAACGCAUCAUGUCCAAGGCCUUCAAGAGCCCGCUGUCAGCCCAGCAGCAGUCCCAGCUUCUGGGGGAGCUGGAGAAGGACCUGAAGCUAGUGUACCACAUCGGCCUGACCCCCGCCAAGCUGCCAGACCUGGUGGAGAACAACCCCCUGGUGGCCAUCGAGAUGCUGCUGAAGCUGAUGCAGUCCAGCCAGAUCACAGAGUACUUCUCUGUGCUGGUCAACAUGGACAUGUCCCUGCACUCCAUGGAAGUGGUCAACAGGCUGACUACUGCAGUUGACCUCCCGCCUGAGUUCAUCCACCUGUACAUCUCCAACUGCAUCUCCACCUGUGAACAGAUAAAGGACAAGUACAUGCAGAACCGUCUGGUUCGUCUGGUCUGUGUGUUCCUUCAGUCUCUGAUCCGGAACAAGAUCAUCAACGUCCAGGACCUGUUCAUCGAGGUCCAGGCCUUCUGCAUCGAGUUCAGCCGCAUACGAGAGGCCGCUGGCCUCUUCCGGCUCCUCAAGACCCUGGACACGGGGGAAAACCCCCCAGAGGCCAAGCCUGCCAAAUAAUGGUCUACUGCAGGGUUUCAUAGAUAUGUGGCAGUGGCUCAACCUGCCAAAUAAAGCCUGCUCCCAUAGAGAGAAAGCUAACAAGAGGAAAUAGCGCCCCCUCCUCUCUCUCUAUCUCUACUCACACAGAAGCUGUUCCAAGGCUGAAUAUAUACCCAGACAGUAUUCACUCUCUCUAGACCCUGUCUGAAGUCUUGUUCUGAACUCUGAAGUUUUUUUUCUCUUUUCUGGGAGAAAAAAGGAUGGACAUAUUUUGAAAUGGAAUUUUGAACAAGUGUUUUUUUCCUCCUUUUGCAGAUGGAUGCUUGUCCGUUUUGUUUCAUUAAAACAUGUUAAAAUUU